AUGGGUACGGUUAUGGGUAUGGUUACGGACAUGAGUACAGUUAUGGGUAUGGUUACGGUUACGGUCAUGAGUACGGUCAUGGGUAUGGUUACGGUCAUGGGUAUGGUUACGGACAUGGGGUACGGUUACGGUCAUGGAUACGGUUACGGACAUGGGUACGGUUAUGGUCAUGAGUACGGCCAUGGGUAUGGUUACGGUCAUGGGUAUGGUUACGGACAUGGGUAUGGUUAUGGGUAUGGUUACGGACAUGGGUACGGUUAUGGGUACGGUUACGGACAUGGGUACGGUUAUGGGUACGGUUACGGACAUGCAUACGUUACGGACAUGGGUACGGUUAUGGGUACGGUUACGAACAUGGGUACGGUUAUGGGUAUGGUUAUGGGUAUGGGUACGGUUAUGGUCAUACAUACGGUUACAGACAUGGGUACGGUUAUGGGUACGGUUACGGACAUGCAUACGGUUACGGUCAUGAGUACGGUUAUGGGUAUGGUUACGGUCAUGGUGGAUUUCAUCACUGGGGCGGUAUAA